ACGACACAUUUAUAAAUAACGCGAGCGAACGUAAACACCUUUAUGAAUUUAUUGGUACUCUUGCUUUGUAUAAUUUUAUUGGUAUCUCGUUCUGUGUAACUUGAUUGGUACUCUCGCUCUGUAUAACUUUAUUGGUACCUCGUUCGGUGUAACUUUAUCGGUACCCUCGCUCUGUGUAACUUUAUUGCCCCCCCCUCCACUGCGGAACUUUAUCGAUACUCCCGCUUUGUGUAACUUUAUUGGUACCACUUCUCUGUACUGUACAGUAUACAGUAUCUUUAUUGUGCUGCCAGGCGCAGUGUCGCCCUGUGGAUCGCCAUGGAUCGGCUAAGCGCGGUUGAUCCGUUUGCACGGCCCCCGUGCCCCGGCUGCUCCUCGUACCUCGUGGAGCCGUACAUCAAGUGCAGUCAGUGCGGACCCCCUCCGCUUCUGCUUUGCCUGCAGUGUUUUGCACAGGGCCUGGAGUUAAGGAGCCAUCGCAGUGAACACAGCUAUGAGAUCGUGACGACAGAUUUCCCGGUGCUCGACAUCGGCUGGACGGCACAGGAAGAGAUGACGCUGCUGGAAGCUGUUCUGGACUGUGGGUUGGGAAAUUGGCAAGAUGUGGCCAAUCAGAUGCGAAGGAAGAGCAAGGAGGAGUGCGAGUGGCACUACAUGGAGCGCUAUAUCAACAACCCCCAUUUUGCGUCUCCUGCAGCCGGCACGGGGCCCAGCGACAGGGCGGAGGCCACCGCCGUUGCUGCCCCCGUUGCUUUUCAGGCUUGCGAAGAUCCUCCGAGGCCGGGACUUGACUCGGCAGUGGCAAGGGAGAUGGCCGGGUACAUGCCGGCCCGAUCUGACUUCUGCCAGGAGUUUGAUAACUAUGCUGAAUGGGACUUGAGGGACAUAGAUUUUGUGGAAGAUGACUCUGAUGUCUUGCGUGCCCUGAAGAUGGCCGUGGUGGAGAUCUAUCACUCUCGCCUCAAGGAGCGGCAAAGACGCAAAAAAAUUGUUCGUGACUAUGGACUCAUUAACCUUCGCAAAUUCCAAGUCCUGGAGCGACAAAACAGCAAAGAGGUGCGGGAUUUGAGCGAGGCCAUUCGUCCCUUUGCUAAGACGAUGAAGCCCUUGGAGAUGGACAUGCUGAUCGAGAGCUAUGCACUAGAGUGUGAAUUGCGCAAGGACGUCCAACGGCUACAGGAUUACCGCGUCUGUGGAGUCACCACCUUCAGAGGAGCGCGAGUGUAUGAGCGGCUGCUCGUGCGCCGUGAGGAGGAGAAGCUGCGGCGCACUGUACUGCAGGAUGUGAUGCAAUACGUGCAGGACCCCAACGCCUGCCAACAGUGGCUGCAGCGGCAAGCAGCUCUGGAUGCUGGCCGUAACCCAGGUGGACCAAUCAUCCCCUCUCUUGGCCGAAGAAAUGCACCGCCUUUGGAUCUCACCGGACUGCCUGGCACUGAGAGGCUUAAUGAGCAGGAGAAGGAGCUGUGCCAGGCUGUGCGCCUCGUCCCAGAGGCGUACUUGGAAUAUCGCGGAGCUCUGGCAGCCGAAAGCCGCAAGCUGGGUGGGUUGCGUCUUGCCCAAGCCCGGGCUCUCAUAAAGAUUGAUGUCAACAAAACUCGGAAGCUGUACGACUUCCUUCUGCGAGAGGGUUACAUAUCCAAAGUUGUGUGACCCUGCAGGGCCAAUCAUGCGAGCCGGCCCUGCGCAUUUUGUUUUGGCUCCGUGUGAGCAUCGUGGAGGACGCGAGACACAGAGGACGCGAGAAAGACACCAAGGGUGUGAGGGAGACUCCAAGGACAAGAGAGACACACCGAUGAUGUGAGGGAGACACCAAGGACGUCAGCCCAUUGCUGUGGUUUGUUUAUAUUCACGUGGAGAAAUUGUGGAGACGUUGCUUUCUCCAGGAAAUUCCUGGUAUUGACUUAGACCUGUUCAGCAUUCAGUCGCUUAAGCUUUCCACCCUUGCAUUUAGUAAAUUACUAAACUGGUACAGCUAUGUGAACUCAACCUCAUGUGCAGCUCGAGCGAGUCAUUUGUGCUUGGCUCCAUGAACAUGCAUUGGGCCUCUCGGUUCGCCUGGCUGCAGCCAGUCCAAGCUAUUUUAUCUUUUACCAGCUUAGGCCCAACUAAGCUAUAUAGCUCUUUUUCAGAAGCGACCUGGGCACAAAUGAUAGCUGAACGAAGUGGCUUGUGGAAAUUUAUAGUAGCCAAAUACUCUAAACGCAUGUUUCUAAAUGUGGAGGGAAAAAUCGGACCUGGAGAAAAAUUCACGCAGCCACGGGGAAAACAUGCAAACUCCAAAUAUACAGGUGUCGGGAUCGUUCCCACCUCUUGUAUAACAGGCGAGGUAGUUAACAUUUCACCACCGUGUAUACUGCGUUUGGAUUGAACUCACCUGGUACUUUUGCUCUGCUUGCGCAUUUAUACACAACUAUCAAACCCGUCUCUUCCAUGUUGAUGGAAAGUGGGGCAACUAAAUGUGAGAAAUUGAUCUUACAUCUGCAUCCACGCCAAGUCAUGGGCAAGAGACAUGGCACUUGUGGUCUUGUUACUGUAAUUUACUGUGAUGCGAAAUGAUAAUUGGAACCCCGAUGGAGGGAAUGCCAUCCAGUUUAUUGUGAUAAAUAAAAGCGUAAUAUGCCACCUGUAAAGUGUGAACUUUAUACACGCACAUUUACUGGAAAACUCGUUUUACAAG